AUGGCAGGAGGUGGCACCAAAAAAUACAUUCGUUAUGAACAAUUCGAUGGGAGCCAAGAUGCAAUGGAGUUUGUUGUUCGUCUCUUUACAAAGGAGCUCACAGAACCUUAUAGCAGCUUCACGUACGAAUACUUUGUCUUUGGAUGGCCUGACCUAACGGUGAUUGCGUAUGGAAUUGAAAGUGAGACAUUCCCAGAUUCGUCCGCUAAGGGAGAGCGAGUGGGGGCAGUGGUUUCGCGGGUAACUCGAAAAGGACCUGGCCGCCCGCUGAGAGGUUAUGUGGCGAUGUUUGCCGUAGUACCAGAAUUUCGUGGAUUUCGGUUGGGAAGCCGUUUGGUGGCCCUGACGAUUACCUUGAUGAAAGAGAAGGGGUGUGAAGAGGUUUAUUUGGAAACCCCUUUAACAAAUGAACGUGCACUCUCACUUUACUUGAGCCUGGGUUUUGUGAAGACUAAGUUUUUGCCGAGGUACUACCUUGAUCAGUCUGACGCGGUUCGUCUUAAGCUGUGGCUUAAUGAUGCCGUGCAUGCCCGUGGAGAGGCCGUCGGGGCGGAGGAAACACGUGAAAUUGCCUAG